GACAGCACUGUGAGCUAAUAUCGGAACCAUCUGCGUCAAACUAUUAAACAGCCUAAAGUCCAUGAAACUAGCAGUCUUCAAUCGUCAAUGGCACUUGCAUGUAUGCAUUAAUUACCAAUUGGUUAUCGACGACGUCAGUGUUUAUGUUUUGUACGAGUUUAUGGCUAUUCUAUUUGGAUGAUAAUUUUAAGACUAGCACAUUCCUGCGUGGAAGAAGAAUACUUUAAAUAUAAUAAUAAUUAUAACAAAACACUGCACAUUACUUGACAUGAGCAUAAUGAGUCACGCUGCGCUACUUAACCUGCAAAAAGAAGUCGAUGUCAUCCAAAACGGUGACAAUUUACCCGAGAGCAGUCAUGUUGUGACAGCAGAGUUCACGGGCGAGUAUGAGCCAAAUGAUGUCAGUUACUGCGAAGAAAUUAUCAUCUGCGACACAUCGGCAGAUAAUAUGGACAAUGAGAAUGAUCAAGUGUCGAAUGAAAUCGAAUGCCUCGAUCCUUUGCACAUUCCAACCGAGCUUGAAGUUCCGGUACAAAAUUGAUGACCAAUUCACCGAUGGUGACUAUAGAAGGAAACGACCCCAAAACGACAAGGUACGUUUGGGGUGGUCACAUAUACACAAGGGAAGGAGAUUCAACAUCGUUCAUUUGCUGUAAUCGACAAGUCAAUCAAUGUAAAGGUAGAGUUGUAGUGAGAAAUGGCACGGCUGACGAAGUUGAGCCACACAAGCAUUCGAGAAUCAUGAGCAAGAUCUUUGCAGCCGAAAUAGCAAAGAAGUCAAUGCUCAUGAGGGCAAAAUCUCAACUUUCGGUCAGUCUUCGCACCAUUUAUGACGAUGCUUACAAGAGAAUAUUUUGUUUUGUUUACAGAACACCUGCGCUGACCUCGUUUUACAGUUAUGAGGCCAUGAUGAAAUUAAUGAUGAAAGCCAGGUAUGGGACGUAUGCAUGCCACGAGCCGAUACACAGGGUGAAUUUUGAUAUUGACUGGGCAAAAGACUGGGCGGAAGAGGUCCCGGGACGAAAGCCAAAAAUAUUAUGCAAGAUGUGCCAAGAGUACAUCUUUUCUCCAUCGCCAUCUAAGUUGAUUCGUCAUCUUCAUUCCAAGUUACACACCACUAAUGCAGCAAAGCUUACGGAUGUUUCAAAAAAACAAAAGAGAAGGCGCCUAGAUAACUCGGAUUCCACAGAUAACGACGAAAUACUGAAAAGACCGAAGAUGGCCGACAGUCCGGUGUUUGAAAAAGACCUCAAAGUCGUCGUAGAGCCACCGCAACAGAAACGCAAAGAAGAUCUCAAAAACGCAGAUCAGAAAAAUUUACAUAAUAUAGCCGUAAGAAGACAAGAGUUCAUCGAUCAUCUGCUAUUUGUAAAAGAUCCUGUAGAGCCACUGCACCAGAAACGAAAAGAAGAUUCCAAAAGCACGGACCGGCAAAUUUCACAAAAUAAGCGCCGGGAUGAUGCUGACGGCCCGUCUCGUUAUCCGAUAAUGAAGCAACAGGAGUUCGCCGAUCAUCUGGCAUUUGCAAAAGAUCUCGUCGAGCUACCGCAACAGAAACGCAAAGAAGAUCCCAAAAACGCGGAUCAGAAAAUUUUACUGAAAAAGCACCAAGACGAUGCUGACCACCUGAAUAAUAAUGAGAAAUUAAGGAAACAAGAGAUUGUAACUCAUCUGAUGCUUCCAAAAGAAUUCGUAGAGUUGCCGCAACAGAAACGCGAGAAUAGUCCCAAAAUUCCGGAGCAGAAAAUAGUAGAGAAAAAGCGGCAGAACGAUGCUUACAAUUCGAUUAAUUAUAAGAAAUUGAGGAGACAGGACACCGUCAAUCAUAUGGCAUUUGCAAAAGAUGUUUUAGAGCGACCGCAAGAAAAACGUGAGGAAAAUUUCAAAAACGUGGACCAGAAAAUUACAGAGAAAAAGCGGCAGAACGGUGCCUACCCCCCAAUUAAUUAUGAUAAUUUAAGGAGAUACGACAUCGUCAAUCAUAUGGCGUUUGCGGAAAAACUCGUAGAUCCACUGCAACAGAAACGCGUGGAAAAUCCCAAAAACGGGGAUAAGAAAACUAUAGAGAAUAUGCACGAGGACGAUGUUGACCGCCGGAUUAAUUAUGAGAAAUUUAGGACACAGGAGAUCGUCGAUCGUAUGAAGUUUGCAAAAGACUUUGUGGAGCAAACACAACAGAAACGCGAGCAAAAUCCCAAAAGCAAUGACCAGAAAAUUUUAGAGAAUAAGCACCGUAACGAUGCUGAUAACCCGAUUAAUUACGAGAAAUCAGGGAGACAGGAGAUCGUCGUUCAUCCGACGUUUGCAAAAGAACUCGUAGAUUUGCCGCAACAGAAACGCGAGGAAAAUCCAAAAAACUUGAACGAGAAAAUUUUAGAGAAUAAGCACCGAAACGAUGCCAAUGACACGAUUAAUUAUAAGAGAUUAGGAAGACAGGAGAUUGUCGAUCAUUCGACAUUAGCAAAAGAACUGGUAGAUCCACCGCAACAGAAACACGAGGAAAAUAUCAACAACGAUAACCAGAAAAUUUUACAAAAAAAAUGCCAGGACGAUGCUAACCGCCGGAUUAAUGAUGAGAAAUUGAAGAGACGGGAGAUCGCCGAUCAUCCGACGUUCGGAAAAGAAGUCGUAGAUCCACCGCAACAGAAACGCGAGGAAAAUCGCAAAAACGAGGAUCCGAAAAUUUUACGAAAGAAGUGCCAGGAAGACGCGAAAUGCCCGAAUAUUUAUGUGAAAUUGAGAAGACAGGACAUCGCCGACUAUCUGGCGUAUAAAAAAAAACUGACAGAGCAACCGCAACAAGAACGCAAAGGAGAUCCCAAAAAAGCGAAACAGGAAAUUUUAGAGAAAGAGCACCGUGACGAGGCUAGCGGCACGAAAAACGAUGAGAAAUCAAAAGGAUCGAACAUCACCGACUGUCCGACGUCUGAAAAACAUCUCGUAGAGCCACCGCAACAGAAAAACCAAGAAGCUUCCAAAACCACGGACAAGAAAAUAUCGAUCGAGAGCCGCAUGCCGCAAUCGAUAUCGCAAAUCAAAAUUAAGACCGAAAAUAGUUCGGAACCUACGAUAUCCGCACAAGUUGAUCCGGACCAAAAUAUAUCGACGGAGAGCAGCACAGCGCAAUCGAUACCACAAAUCAAAAUCAAGACUGAAAAUAGUUCGAAACCUACGUUGUCCGUACAAGUUUUUGAACCCAGUACAGGUCAACCGUCAUCGGGGCUUGAUGUAACGUUACACAUGCUGGGAAAUGGCAUCUGGAAUUUUAUUGACAAAAAGAACACCGAUCGGUUCGGUAUAUGCAGUGAUUUCUCCUACGGUGAAAACGCAGAUGUCGGUUUCUACAAAUUGAACCUCGAUAUUUAUUCCUACUAUACCGAACGGGGGCAAAAGUGUCUUUAUCCGUACAUCGAGAUACCUUUCGAAGUUGAAAACGCCAACGAGUCGUUCGAUUUUCGUAUCCAAUUGAGUCCUUUCGCAUACAACGUUUGUGGAAACUCGAAGAGUUGAACCGCUGCGCAAAGUCAUAGAAUUUUGAGAUUUAGCGGUGAGCAAAGGAUCGUCCAUUCAAACAAGACAUCUUUGAACGAGGUGACAAUGCUAAUAAAUCGCGAAAAACGAGCUUCCAAGACGAGUUUCACUCUCAUUUUGCGAACAAUCUGCGACGAUAGAGCUAUAUUAUUGAGCAAGGUGGGGAUACGGUCGAGGUACAGAGACUAGAGGCAACUAAAAAUAAAAAUUCUCUUGGCGUCGUGUAUCUGGGAUUGAAUUUUUGGAAAAAACGACGAGCUGGACAUUCUUAGAACAACGGUAACACGUCGCUGGCUGUGACUCAUUACGUUUCAAAUUUGCGCAAUACUCAGAUGACGUUUCUUUUAUUUAUUUUUGAAUGCUAACUAAAUUUUGAAUUCAUCCGAAUUUAUUGCCAAGUUCCUGGAUUUCAUUUCAAUUUCAUUCGCUUAUCCAGUUGUCAGACCUUUAAGCACCAAAUCAUUCAUUUUAUGACGUAUAAAAAUUGCCAAAACAAAAUAAGGUGAAAUUUGUCAGUAUUAGUAAAUAAUUUUUUCUCAACGUUGACGUCGCGUUGAAACGUACAUUUUAUUUUACUUUACGUAACAUUACGGUUAUCACGCAUAGCCGACAUUUGUUAGCAUACUCACACAGAGGUCUAUUUUAAUCGAUUAAUACGACUCGUGCGUGAGCGGUGCUGACCGAUACAAAUAUAAACUUUCGUCGUGUACGAAAAAAGUUGUCCAGUUGUGUACGUGCAAAGAAGCUCGUGCUCAUUUUUCCGACAGAUUUUACCCAACAUUAUACAUAUUGUGUUGGUUUUUUCGUAAGUUGAAAAAAUAUACUCUAAUUGCAAGAGUUUCACAGUUUCCUUGUUCAUUCAUCUUCCAACGCGUGCAUAACAAUUUGUAUACGCAAGAUGAUUACUCUAUUAUGAUACAUAUACAUCUAUUUUGCAGAAAGGUUGGCAAAUUUUAUUGCGAAAAUAUCUAAAGUUAAACGUAGCAAAGUUAUGAUACCGAGUAACGGGCCAAGUAGAAGACAAGUAGAAUAAACGUUCAGCCUAUUAAGAGAAAAAAAAAAAAAAGAAAACAGAAAAAUCUUUAACACGGGCAAAAAGAUUUCAAUUAUUGCUAUUCUUUUUUCUUAACCGUAUUACAUUUUUUUUUACUCUCCAAUCAUGAUAAUGAAAUUUUGUUUUGCACACACAAAAAAAAAAAAAGCAAGAAAAAUAAACUUCUUCAUAAAUGAAUUGUUUCUAGUACAUAAUGUCAUAUUUCAAACGGAUCAGAAUUAAUAACGUAUCUAUAUAUUAUCACUAAUAUAUUAGUUCUUACUUUUUAUUUAUUUGAUUAAAUAAUUACACUUUCGAUUUGGCAUUUAUACAAGACGCUAUAUUAAGAGUCAAUAAAAAAAAAAAAAAAAAAAAACCCAAAAAAAACGACAAAAAAAAAAUUUCCGUCAACGUUUGAACGCGUGCAGAAACAUGCAGGUAAUAUCCAUAACGUGUUGCAUUGUAUUACAAUAUACAAUGUAAUAUACACCAUCGUCUUUGCUGCAAUAAUUACAUUUAUAAAAAAAAAUAAAAAAUUACAGAAUUUAAAAAAACCUAAAACAUAAGAAAAAAAUAAAAAAUCAAAUCAUCUCUCUGAAAAAAGACACGUUCGUCACGUAGGAUAACAAUUGGCAAAAAAAUGACUACGUUUCGAGUUCCUCGGUUUGGAAUUUUUUUUUGUUGUUUUUUUUUUCUUACUAAAUCUCGUUCUGCUCUUUCUCAAUUAAAUUAAACACUGUGCAACACCGUAAUAUCCUGCGCGUAUAUUUCUAUUGCUUCGCGUCAAUGUGACGAAAUGAAGUAAUACCGACAAUUAUAAAUAUACGUAAUGCGCAUAGCAAUAUAGUACAUCUGCAUUAUUUUUAUAUCGCUUAAAUUAUUAUAUUUUAUACAACGAUUAAUUAUUCUCAUCAAAAUAGAUUCAUAAAAUUACAGUUAUUAUAUAUGUACGUUAUUAUAUUUAUGCUCUGUAUGAUUGCGUGUAGUUGCUAGUAUUAUGUGAUAUGAAAAAAUAUCAGGUAUGAUAAGGCCGAUUUGAUUUCAUUAGUUAUAUAUCUUUAAAUUCUAUUCAAUUACUAUUAUUAAUAUCGUUAUUGUUCUAGACUAUUCAGGCGUUAUGCAAAUAUCAAUGUACACCGAUACAUUUGUAUAUUUAAUACCAACAUUGGGCAGGAAAGCUCGUUUCAAUUCUAUAAUAUUUCGCAAAUAUUGCAAGCCAUUUUUAAUUAUUGCAAUACAAUAUUAGUGAUGUAAUAUAUUGUUGUAUCGUGUCUCGAUAUUUCUUUAUACGUAUACUACAUACAUAGGUAUAUAAUAUUAUUUGCCCGACGAAAUGUUAAUGAUUCCGUAAAAUUUUCAUCUUUAUCAUGUGUUUGUAUACAUGAAAAAUAUUAUCCAUAAAUAAAAAUACAUCAUGCUUUUUUAAAAUUUCAUUUCAUUCUCGUACCCUGCUGCAUUUUUGUAAAUCCACGCGUGCGCGUU